UACACACACGAUCGACGGCCGUCCUGAAUCCUGUUUUGCACCGGCCAAGAAGUGUGGACGUGGAGACGGCCGGCGAUGGCACGGCAGCAGCUGCAGGUGCUUCACGCGCUGGACGUGGCGAGGACGCAGAGGUACCACGCGUGGGCGGUGGUGAUCGCCGGCAUGGGCUUCUUCGCCGACGCCUACGACAUCUUCUGCAUCACCCUAGUCACCAAGCUCCUCGGACGCAUCUAUUACCAAGUCCCGGGCCAACGAGAGCCCGGGAUGCUCCCCCGGCGGAUCGAGGCGGCCAUCAACGGCGUCACCUUCUGCGGCAUGAUCGUGGGCCAGCUCUUGUUUGGCUGGCUCGGCGACAAGGUCGGCCGGAAGAUGUUCUACGGCAAGACCAUCAUGCUCAUGAUCAUGGGCUCCUUCCUCUCCGGCUUGUCGUUCGGGAACACGGCCGACGGCGUUAUGGCCACGCUCUGCUUCUUCCGCUUCUGGCUCGGCGUCGGCAUCGGCGGAGACUAUCCGCUCUCCGCGACCAUCAUUUCCGAGUACUCCAACAAGAGGACGCGCGGGAGCCUCAUCGCGGCCGUGUUUGCCAUGGAAGGGUUUGGCAUCCUUGCAGGUUGCAUUGUCACCUUGGUCGUCUCCGCCACGUUCCAGGCGCGCUUCAACCCUCCGGCGUACGCAGAAGACCACAUGGCCUCGGUCCCGCCGCAGGCUGACUACGUGUGGCGCAUCAUCCUCAUGGUGGGCGCCAUCCCAGCCGUCUUCACCUACCGCUGGAGGGUGAUGAUGCCGGAGACGGCGCGCUAUACGGCGCUGGUCGCGCGCGACGCCGAGAAGGCCGCGCGCGACAUGUCCAAGGUGCUCAAGGUGGAAUUCAGCGGCGAGCAGGACAAGAUCGAGGGCUUCACCAAGGACAGGGACUACGGCGUCUUCUCCCGCCGUUUCGCCCGCCGCCACGGCUGGCAUCUCGUCGGCGCCGUUGCGUCCUGGUUCGUGCUCGACAUCGUCUUCUACUCCCAGAUCAUUCUCCAGGAGGAGAUCUUCAGGGACAUCAAGUGGAUCCCCGAGGCAAACAGCAUGAGCGCGCUCGAGGAAGCGUACCGCGUCGCCCGUGCGCAGGCGAUCAUCGCGCUCUGCGGCACACUACCUGGCUACUGGUUCACCAUCGCCUUUGUGGACGUCGUCGGGCGGAAGGCCAUCCAGUUCCUCGGCUUCACCAUGAUGAAGGGUCUCAUGCUCGUCGUGGCCGGCUUCUACCACCAACUGACGCAGCCUGGCCGGCGAAUCUGGCUGGUGGUCAUGUACGCCUUCACCUUCUUCUUUGCCAACUUCGGGCCCAACAGCACCACCUUCAUCAUACCGGCCGAGAUUUUUCCGGCGCACGUCCGGACGACUUGCCACGGGAUAUCAUCAGCGGCAGGCAAGGUCGGCGCCAUUGUCGGGACGUUUGGCUUCCUGUACGCCUCGCAGAGGGCGGACGGCAGCAAUGAGACGGAGACCGGGUACCCGUCGGGUAUCGGCGUGCGUGCCUCACUGUUCGUGCUGGCCGCGUGCAAUGUGUUGGGAAUAAUUUUCACCUGUCUCCUGCCUGAGCCGAACGGGAGGUCGCUGGAGGAGGUGUCCGGCGAGCCCAUCAACGGAGAGGACGCAGAUUUGGGUGAUUCCAAGGUUCUUCCCUUGUAGAACCUGCGUGAACGUAGGCUGUGCGCACCACUCCAUGAAAAAGAGUCAUUUUACAGUGCAUCCGGACGAUAUGGACCGUCCGCCGGAGCGAAUUCGACGGUCCAGAUCCGAUGCAAUACGCUGAUGUCAAUCAGACCCCGAGGGGCAUUUUCGGGAGAAAAAAAUAUUUCGAACUGAUCUGAUUUUCCCU